AUGUCGAACAUAAAUCAGAAGAUGGACGUGCAGACAAGUACUGCACUAAAAAAUAAAUAUGAUGCGCUCACGGACCGUACAGAUAUGGAUACUGAUAGGGAGAGUGAGGACUACAGGAAAGUAACACGCCGAAAGAGGGCGAAAAAGAACAAGGAGCCUGAGAAAACCAUUACUAGGUCGGAACCAUCUACCUCAGGCGUCCAAACCGUGACACCCAAGAACACCACCAUGAAAGAGGCAAAAAUCCCACCGAUUAUCAUAAAAGAAAAGAAAGAAAGCGACGCUCUCAGGAGAAGACAAGCGUAUAGGCCAGCACCAACACCAGUGCCACUGACGAGGAGCUUCUCGUCAGCUGUAAACUCCACCAACAAUGGUCCUAACGUCCGACCUGAAUAUCCUCAACUCCCUAUCCCAUCGUCACCAUACAGAUCAAUGGUCCAGUCCUCACGAACAAUGGUCCAGCCUGCAUCAUCACAGAUCCGGCCUGCACUAUCGCAACCACCAACACGGCCUGCCUGCAGCCAACCCGAUCCAGACCUCAACACUCCGGAAGGACUCUUUACUGCUAUGGGCGAGAUCAGGAAGCUAUUUACGGAUCCCCAGCGUAGCAGUGCGGUGCUAUGCUGGGCUACGCUGUUCCUGUCAAUGGCGCUCGGCGCCGCCGGACUGAAAGAGCCACCGGCGGGGACGCCGCAGUUCAGGCGCGACAACGUGGAAUCUCCACCGCGGUUCACGACAGAUUACAUGGAAGCAGUUUUUGGCACGUCCGCACUGCCGUUGCGUGACGCCGUGGAAAGCGUGCCGCAGAGGUUUUUGCUUAGGCAUAACUUGCCGCAACGUUUGCCUUUGCGUGAUGCUGUAGAAAAGGUACCUUUGUGGAGUGCAGAUGAAGCCGAGGAACUUGUUUCGAAUGAGGAUCCAUGGGGAUCUCUAAAAGCUGAAUGGGGGGAAGCAACGAAUGCAGAUAGCGAACCUGCACCAUACAGAUCUGAUAAUCCUUAUCAAAAAAUAAUCAAUUGGCAGCAACCAUUUCCAUCAAAGUUUAAUAUUCGAGGACCAGCUGCAUUAGGAGAGCGUGGACAAUACAGUGAUUCUUUUCAAAAUCUUAUUGACUUCCGAUUGCGACCACCAAUAUACAAAGCACCAGCUGAACGAUUCAAAGUCUUAUGUUACGUGACAAAUUGGGCCUUCUACCGUAAAGGAGACGCUAAGUUUGUACCUGAGCAAAUUGAUACAUCACUAUGCUCCCAUAUUGUUUAUGCUUAUGCCUCAUUAGAUCCAGAAACGCUUGUGACGAGAGAAUUUGACCCUUGGGCAGAUAUUGAUAAUAGUUUAUACUCUCGCAUAACGUCAUUGGACGGUCCAGAGGUAAUUCUCGGCCUAGGCGGCUGGACGGAUAGCGCGGGUGACAAAUACUCUCGCCUGGUGGGCAACGGCACCGCCAGACGUCAUUUUGUCAGCCAGGCCGUUGCAUUCGUUCGAAGAUAUGGAUUCCGGGGUCUUCAGAUCGAUUGGAACUAUCCAGUGUGUUGGCAAAGCGACUGCAAGGCCGGACCAGCAGCAGAUAAACCAAAUUUCACAAAGUUGCUGCAAGAGUUGAGAACGGAAUUCGAUAAGCAUAAUUUGAUACUUGGUGUUGCCAUCUCAGGAUAUAAGGAGGUCAUAACGUCCGCAUACGACUUACGGGGCAUCUCCAAAGCCGUUGACUACAUGUCGGUGAUGGCCUACGAUUAUCACGGAAGCUGGGAAAGUCGUACUGGGCACGUGGCUCCCUUGUACGGUCGCGAACAAGACACGCACCCGCAGUAUAACACGAAUUACACGAUAGAGUACCUCACGCAACGCGGAGCGGCGCGAGACAAGAUGCUGCUCGGGGUGCCGUUUUAUGGACAGAGCUUCACCUUGGCGAGAGAUAGCGGAUCAUCAAGCAGUGGUCGCAGUGAAGGAUCCGCAGCAGCAGGACCUGGGGAAGCAGGCGAAUUCACGAGACAACCAGGAAUGCUUUCGUACUAUGAGAUUUGUCACCGAGUGCGCAACCAGCGAUGGACAGUCGAGCGCGUCGACGGCAGUCCGCAUGCCUCCAACAGAGACCAAUGGGUAGGUUAUGAAGAUCCUGCUUCAGUUAUGGCCAAGGCUGACUAUAUCGUAAGUAACGGAUUAGCUGGAGCAGCUGCUUGGACAAUAGAUCUGGAUGACUUCAACAACAAAUGCUGUUUGGAGCCAUUCCCUUUGUUAAGAGCGUUAAAUAGAGCUUUAGGACGUUUACAAGCCGCACCUAGCGGCGGUGAUUGUUCGAAACCAGCCGCACCGGUUACACCAGCAGCGCCAGUGCUGACAACCGCUGCCGACUCGGGAGCUCCCCAGCACGAUCACACUACACCAUCUUCUGGAAAACCUUCAUCUACCACUUGGCCAAGUUGGAGUCCAAAACCUACAACGGCUGCCAGUUCGACCACUCAUAGACCGCCAACUGACACCACUUCCCGACGGCCAACGACUACCACGAGAAGGCCUACAACCACGAGGAAACCAACUACUACUCGUAGACCAGCCACCGAAAGCGAGCAAGCAGAUCCUGCGGCGCCAACGGUUGGCCAAAGCUGCUCCCCCGGAACACAAUUGCCAGAUCACAAAGAUUGCUCUAAAUAUUACAGAUGUGUUCUGGGUCAACUAAAACGUGAAUCUUGUGCAGGAGGACUUCACUACAAUCGGCAAACUGCCGGCUGUGAUUGGCCUGCUAAUGCUAAAUGCAAACCAUACAGUCCACAAACUACUACCAAAAAACCAAUUGUUGAUGACGACUACACAUCUCAAAAACCGACCAGACCUCCAAGGCCCACCAGAACAACCACAAGAAGAACUACUACUGUUACCACAACCGCCGCACCCACCACAACUACAACGACGACUACAACUGCUAGGCCCACAACCAAGAGACCCACAAGAAGACCGACGCGCAGCACUACUGUUGCUGCUGAUGUUACGGCUACGACAUGGCCUACCAAGAGGACCACAACUAGAAGACCCAACCAAGACUCUCCUUCGAAAUGCAUACCAGGAGAAUACUAUCCUCACGAACAAUGCGACAUGUUCUACAUCUGCGUUAAUGGUCAUCUUCUGCAGCAGUCUUGUGCCCCCGGACUUUUGUGGAGCGAUGCCGACGGCGGUAUGUGCGACUUCGCGGAUAAUGUUUCAUGCAAAAAACGACACAGAAAACGCCACGCUGUCUACUUUGGUACAAAAACUGUAGAAGAAGAUUCUGAAUGCGAUGGUAACGAGCAUCAUCCGUAUCCAGGAGACUGUACCCAAUAUCUCUUAUGCCAAUGGGGAAGAUUGGAGUCAGCUAGUUGUGCUCCUGGUUUGCAUUGGAACCAAAGACAAGGCAUUUGUGAUUGGCCGAAAAACGCUAAAUGUGAAGAACACGAUGAGGAACAACCAGCUUUUGUAGAGGGUUCAUCUCCUAGCUAUCGUCCAACAACUACACGGAGACCCAAACCCACAACGGCACCCACAACUACAAGUAAACCAGUACCGACUACAACCCCCGUACCAUUGGAGCCUCUAUCAGGUCAUUUUAAAAUGGUUUGCUACUUCACAAACUGGGCAUGGUAUCGCAAAGGUAUUGGCCGGUAUUUACCAGAAGAUAUAGAUCCACAGCUCUGCACGCAUAUUGUUUACGGAUUUGCUGUUCUGGACUAUUCUACUUUGACUAUCAAGGCACACGAUUCCUGGGCCGACUAUGAUAAUAAAUUCUAUGCUCGUGUGGUCGCAAUGAAAGAGAAGGGAGUUAAUGUAUCAAUUGCUUUGGGUGGAUGGAAUGAUUCUAUGGGAGACAAGUAUUCUCGUCUAGUAAACAGCCCAACAGCUCGAGAAAAAUUUGUCAGUCAUGUUACAAAUUUCAUCGAGAAACACGGAUUUGACGGUUUAGAUUUGGAUUGGGAAUACCCUGUUUGUUGGCAAGUCGACUGCAAGAAGGGUCCUGCAUCCGAUAAACAAGGUUUUACCGCUUUAGUACGGGAAUUGUCCGCCGUGUUUAAACCACGAGGAUGGUUGCUUUCAACUGCCGUUUCACCGAGCAAAACUGUAAUAGACGCCGGAUACGAAGUGGCUAAAUUGGCUACCUACUUCGAUUGGAUUGCAGUCAUGACUUACGACUUCCACGGGCAAUGGGAUAAGAAGACCGGUCACGUAGCACCCCUGUUCUAUCAUCCUGAUGAUGAUGUUGAUUUCUUCAACGCCAACUUCUCAAUUAAUUAUUGGAUUGAUCAAGGAGCUCCGCCUAGAAAAAUUGUAAUGGGCAUGCCAUUAUAUGGGCAGUCAUUUACACUGGCAGAUUCGAAAACCAAUGGACUCAACGCCAAGGCGCCAGGACCCGGAAAAGCUGGAGAAUUCACAAAAGCUGCUGGAUUCUUAGCUUACUAUGAGAUAUGCGACAGAAUAAAGAACCGUGGCUGGACGGAGGUAUUGGAUCCGGGCAAACGAAUGGGUCCAUAUGCUUACAAAGGCGAUCAAUGGGUUUCCUACGACGAUGUGGAAACUCUUCGACGAAAGGCGCAAUUGGUUCGUCAACUUGGUUUGGGAGGUGGUAUGGUCUGGGCUUUGGAUCUAGACGACUUCAAGAACCGUUGCGGAGAUGGACCGCAUCCACUGCUCAGGGCGAUCAGGAAUACUUUACGUGAUCCACCAGGCGUGCAAGACAAAGAUCCUUCUCAGGCUAUCACUGCCAUUACCACACCCAGACCGGUCAUUGUUCCUAGCAAACCCAUGUCAUCCCGACCAUUUGACGAGCAAAGACUGGAAGAGGAUUUCAAAGUAGUGUGCUAUUUCACAAAUUGGGCUUGGUAUAGACAGGGCGGAGGAAAAUAUCUUCCUUCUGAUAUUGAUAGCGAUUUAUGUACGCACGUCGUUUAUGGAUUUGCAGUUUUAGACAGUGGCACUCUUACGAUCAAACCUCAUGAUUCUUGGGCUGAUUUGGAUAACAAAUUCUACGAAAAAGUUGUGGCGCUGAAAUCAAAGGGUAUCAAAGUGACAUUGGCAAUAGGUGGCUGGAACGACUCGCAAGGAGAUAAAUAUUCUAGAUUAGUUAAUAAUCCUUCAGCACGCCAGAAAUUCGUAGACCACGUCACAGACUUUAUCGAAAGAUACGACUUUGAUGGAUUGGAUCUUGACUGGGAAUACCCAGUAUGUUGGCAAGUGGAUUGUAAGAAAGGUCCGGCAUCAGACAAACAAGGUUUUACUGAAUUGGUGCGUGAAUUAUCAGCCGCAUUUAAACCGCGUGGUCUUUUGCUCUCGACCGCCGUCUCGCCAGCUAAAAAAGUUAUAGAUUCUGGUUACGAAGUUGCAGAAUUAUCUAAAUUAUUCGACUGGAUCUCAGUUAUGACCUAUGACUUCCACGGACAGUGGGAUAAAAAGACUGGCCAUGUCGCUCCUAUGUAUGCCCAUCCGGAAGAUAGCGAUUUAACAUUCAACGCAAACUUUUCGAUCAACUAUUGGUUAAGUCAAGGCGCAGAUAGGAAAAAGAUAAUUAUGGGAAUGCCAAUGUAUGGUCAGUCAUUCUCUUUAGCAGAUAACGCAAAUCACGGAUUGAAUGCACCGACAUAUGGUGGAGGCGAGGCCGGUGAAGCAACCAGAGCCAGAGGUUUCCUGGCUUAUUACGAGAUAUGUAAAAACAUAAGAGAGCGUCAUUGGCAUGUCGAGCGCGAUCGGAGAGGACGCAUGGGUCCUUACGCAUAUUUGCGUGAUCAAUGGGUCUCAUUUGACGAUGUUGAUAUGAUUCGUCAUAAGAGUGAAUAUACUCGUGCCAUGGGGCUUGGUGGUGCCAUGAUUUGGGCGCUUGAUCUCGACGACUUCCGUAAUAGAUGCGAUUGUGAAGAAUAUCCAUUGUUGAGAACAAUAAACCGCGUGCUACGUGGGUACCCUGGCCCAGCACCCAGAUGCAAAUUGGAAACAAAUACAGAAAUUGAUUCAUCUUACAAGCCAACGACCAGUAGGCCGACAACCACCACUCAAUCUUGGCAAAGACCUACGACAACCACAGAAGGUUGGCAAAGGCCAACAACAACCAGAAAACCAGACAUAGUUACUCGCCCACCUCAUGCAGGUACGACUGCUUCUGAUGUAGAAGUUAUUGGAGCAUCUCAGGCAUGUAAAGGACGUGUUUUUGCACCUCAUCCGACUGACUGCAACAAAUAUUACCUUUGUACCUUCGGCGCACCACAAUUGUUAAGUUGUCCCCCGGGAUUGUAUUGGAACCAUGACCGUUGUGAUUGGCCACAUAAUACAGAUUGCACAAAUGAGGUGGAAUCCGAAGUCGCGACAUCAACUACCAAAAAGCCUUUGGAGAUGGAAGUUAUAGAACCUGUGUUUAAACCAGAAGUUGAAGGCAAUUUUAAAGUCGUAUGCUAUUUCACGAAUUGGGCUUGGUACCGCCAGGGUGAUGGAAAGUAUACACCCGACGAUAUUGAUGACAGUUUAUGUACUCACAUUAUUUAUGGAUUUGCGGUACUGGAUGCCGAAACUUUAACUAUCAAACCAUAUGACACAUGGGCCGACCUUGAUAACAAAUUCUAUGAAAGAGUAGUCGCCCUUCGAGCUAAAGGUAUCAAAGUGUCCAUAGCCAUAGGAGGAUGGAACGAUUCGCUGGGAGACAAAUAUUCUCGUUUGGUGAACAAUGCCAUGGCUCGGCAAAGAUUUGUUACGAAUGUUAUCGAAUUUAUACAAAAAUAUAAAUUUGAUGGAUUAGAUUUAGAUUGGGAAUACCCUGUAUGUUGGCAGGUCAAUUGCCAGAAAGGUCCGUCUUCUGACAAGCAAGGAUUCACAGCUCUAGUUCGUGAACUUUCGAAAAUGUUUAGACCACGUGGUCUGCUAUUAUCCAGCGCAGUGUCACCAAGUAAAAUGGUUAUAGACGCGGGAUAUAAUGUUGCUGAAUUGGCAUCUCAUUUUGACUGGAUCGCCAUCAUGACUUACGAUUACCAUGGACAUUGGGAUAAGCACACCGGUCAUGUUGCGCCGUUGUAUUACUAUCCAGGAGACAAAUAUGACUAUUUCAAUGCAAACUUUUCAGUUAACUACUGGAUCGAGCAAGGUGCACCGUCCAGAAAAUUGGUCAUGGGAAUACCUUUGUAUGGACAAUCAUUCACCCUAAGCGAUACUUCCAAUAACGGCUUGAACGCUGAAAGUACUGGAAGAGGAGAAUCCGGUGAAUUUACAAAAGCCGGCGGAUUUCUUGCCUAUUAUGAGAUCUGUGAAAAAGUCCACAAAAGUGGUUGGAAUGUAGUACGAGAUCCUGAAGGGCGCAUUGGACCCUAUGCUUAUAAAGACAAUCAAUGGGUGUCGUACGAUGACGUAGACGAAGUAAAAAGAAAAUCUGCUUUGAUAAGAGACUUGAGCCUUGGAGGAGGAAUGGUCUGGGCUUUGGAUUUGGACGAUUUCCGUAACAGGUGCGAUUGCGGCAAGCACCCACUGCUCAGAACACUAAAUCAAGAACUUCGUGGACAUGAAGAGAUUAUACUAGGAAACUGCACGUAG